AUAGGAGUGCAGUGCAUCCCGCAGCGCGCCGCUCUGCUCAAAUCCAUGCUGAAUUUCCUCAAAAAAGCCAUCCAGGACCCGGCGUUUUCCGACGGGAUCCGGCACGUGAUGGACGGCUCGCUGCCCACCUCCCUCAAACACAUCAUCAGCAACGCCGAGUACUACGGGCCAUCGCUCUUCCUUCUGGCGACGGAGGUGGUGACGGUGUUCGUGUUCCAGGAGCCCUCGCUGCUCUCCUCCCUGCAGGACAACGGACUGACGGACGUCAUGCUGCACGCGCUGCUCAUCAAGGACGUCAGUGCUCAGCCCCCACCCCAAAACCCACCCCAAAACCCACCCCAAAAACCCACCCCAACGCCUCUGUUCCCCCCCGCCCAG